AUCGAAUGCAGGGAAUUCCGGUAUAGGCAGGAAUCGAAUACAAGGCAAUCCGGAAUAGGCAGGAAUCGAAUGCAAAGAAUUCCGGAAUUGAAUUAUGUUAAGUUGGGUGAGCCAAGCGAUUCCGGAAUGUGUAACUUUCCGGAAUAGGAUGACUGCUCGCCCUGGAGAGCAAGUAUCCUUUCGAGUAACUGUCCAUACCAGCAAAUGUCCUAGCGAGCAACUGUUCUAAACCCCCAUCUUCAUAUGUAUCUAAAAAUAUUAUUAGAAUCAGUGCAAUCCUUGAUUUAUGUAGCAGAUUCAACAACUAUCUUCGUUCUUACUUAAACAACCACUCCAUCAAUCGAUGCAACAUUCACUGGUUUUGUUCGAGUUUGGGUCAAUGAAGUGACACAAGAUCGAGUUUGUUCGACUGAAUCUGAUCAGGAAGACUAGCUGAAAAAGAAACAACUUUGGUUACAACGAAUUGAAACCAAUGGAAAGAGAAUUUAUCAUUCAUGAAAAUAUCGUUACUGUUCCACGGCAUAUACUUCGAACUUUAACAAAUGUUUUAACAAAGACCAAUCAAAAACAAUUCUCUCCUAAUUGAAAGAAAAAAGAAGAUUUUUGUUUAGAAAUUGAUAUAAUUGGUUAUAUACAAAUAUUAAAAUAUCGAGAAAAUUCAAUCAAUAUAAGUUUAGAAUUAAGUGGAAUUGUGGCGAAUGUUGGUUUACAUGCUUCCAAAAACUUUCAAAUUGGUGAUGAAGUAUUUGGCUUUGUUAAUAAUUGUUUUGCUUCUCAACUUGUAACACAUGGAAAUUUUCUUGUGAAAAAUCUUUACCCAUUGUCUUUGCAAUAGUCUAUGCAGGUGAAAUUGAGUUGAUUCUCUUGAGAGACGCCAGUUCUUAGGAAAAACUUACGAAUGUAAAUUAUUUGCUAAUUCUCAUUUCACUGCAGAUUGGAAAUUAGAAGUUUUGAAAUUAACAAAUGGUGAAGAUGUAGAAAUUGUUUUAAAUUCUUUAAACGAUGGUUUGCUAUUCAAGCUGGUUUACAAUGUUUAAAAAUCGGUGGACGUUUUAUUGAAAUUGGUAAAGUUGAUAUUUUAAGUCAUUCACAAUUGGAUAUGAAUUUGUUACUCAAAUGUUUAAGUUUUCUUAGUGUUCAAUUAGAUAUAUCAAUGCAAACAUCAAGCAAAGCAAUUUCACGUAUUGUUGAUCGAAUUUAUCAAUUAAAUGAUACUGAAUUAGCAUUCCGUUUUCUAAUGUCUGAUCAACAUAAAGGAAAAUUAAUUUUAAAUAUGAAAAGUGAACUUCCACCUGUAUUUCCUUCAACAACUAUUUAUAAUUCUCAAACUUGCUAUAUUUUAAAUGGAGGAACAGGAGCAUUCGCACUUCAAUUAGCUUAA